AUGCAGCGGAUUAGCGUGGCCCCCAUGCUGGACAUCAGCAAUGUGUUCUUCCGGCAGCUGAUGACCCUGCUCUCUGCCCGCUCAGUCAAGUACACCGAGAUGAUCCACGAAAAUGCCAUCCUCCUCAACAAGCUCGGCCCCCAAGUAUACCUCGCCACUGAGCUCAGCGAGGGGCCUGUGGUGCUCCAGCUGGGGGGGUGCAACCCUGCCAAGCUGGCUGACUGUGCAGCGCUGGCCAGGACGGUGGGCUUUGACUAGGUCAACCUGAAUGUGGGGUGUCCUAGUCCGAGAGUCAAGGCAGGUAGCUUCGGGGCCUGCUUGAUGACCGACCCUAAACUGGUGGCCUAGUGCAUGCGAGCGAUGGGCAGCUGCGGGAUUCCUGCCACAGUGAAGUGCCGAAUCGGGGUGGACGACCAGGACUCCUACGAGCACUUUAAAAGGUUCGUGGAGAUCGUCUCGGAAGAAGGCAGGGUGCAGCACUUCAUCGUCCAUGCCCGCAAGGCCUUCUUGUCAGGCCUCAGCCCAGCCCAGAACCGCACCGUCCCACCUCUCAAGUACGAUUUCGUGUACAGCAUCAAAAAAGACUUCCCGCACCUGCGGUUCUCGAUCAACGGCGGGUUCAAGACCCACGAGGACAUCUCGGCGAGUUUGGCGCCUGAGCUGGGGCUGGAAGGAGUCAUGCUAGGAAGGGUGUCUUACGAGCAGCCUUGGUUCAUGGGCGAUGUGGACCGCAGGUACUACGGGGUGGCCAACCCGGGGCUGUCGCGGGUGGAGUUGCUGCGGGCGUACGGGGAGUGGGUGGACGGGUGGCUGUCCUCCCACCCGACAAAGAACGCAGGGCUGCUCCGGAAGCCCCUGAUCAACCUUUUCCACGGCGAAAAAAACUGCAAGACCUUCCGGGCGGCCCUCUCCUGCAGCAACGAGUAG